AUGUCGACGACCAAUGGAUCCCCAUACGUCCCGUUGCCACAUACCGGUGAUUUCAUCAGGCUUCUCGAAUUGGACCCAGGGCAGCCUGCAGACGAUCUUGUUGGCAGGUUCGUGGUACACGAUCUCAAAGAUGCGCAGCCUGAAUACACGGCGACCUCAUACGUGUGCGGUGACGAUAAUCGCAGCCAUCAUUACAUACUCAUGUCAGGCUCCAAGCUUGGUAUCUACAAAAACGCAGACGGGGUACUAAGGAGAUUCCGCUCCGCAGCGAAUACUACGUAUUUGUGGAUUGACGUUGUCUGCAUAGAUCAGGAUAACACGGUCGAGAAGGCUAGAGAGGUGAACUUGAUGUACAAGGUAUAUGAAAAGGCCAGGCGGACUGUGAUCUGGCUAGGCCCAAGUGACGACGACGCCGUAGCCGCUAUUCAAUACGCCAGGACACUCAACGCCAGAAGUUACCUCGAUGAGUACACUCCGACGGUCAUGUACGCUGGACACGAAAUACAGUACAUGCAGAACAAAUCUCACAUACUCGACGUUUUAGACACCCAUCCACAAAAGCAGUCACUGAUCAACUCCUGCGCGAAACUUCUCCUCUGCGCCUGGUUUACACGCGUGUGGACCCAACAAGAAGGUGCCUUGAGCUCCAAUCCUGUGGUAGUCUGCGGUGCAGAAGUGAUACCCUGGGUUCAGAUCUUUGCAUUGGCGUGGCUGUUCUUCCCUAGGUCCACAAUGCGGUGGCCUCAGUGGUUUCUCUCCGACGACCCCUCGCAGACAUAUGCCCAGCUUGAAUCGAACAUGAUGUUCAUUCGAAGCAUCCAAAGAUAUCGGCUUCGUCAGACGCAGAUUGCGAACAACGAACCGGAAACCCGAGAAGUUGGCCUAAUAAAUGCCAUGUACGACGCGUCUCGAUUGAAAUGCUAUGAUCCUCGGGACAAGAUCUAUGCCAUCCGAAACAUUGCCACAGACCUGGCUCAGGACGACUGGGCUCCUCAGCCUGACUAUGUCACACCGUGGGAAGAUGUCUAUACUGAUUUCGCAGUGCGUAUGGCAGAUAGGGAAAGGCGCGAGGUGCUGGACUGGUCCGGGGUUUGUCAGCAGCAAGGACAAUCAGGUCUGCCGUCCUGGGUAGUUGAUUGGAGGUCUCGCCCUUGGACCCAGUAUAUCGUUCUUGAAGCAUGGUGUGCAGGGGGCAAAAUCUUCCGACCAAAAGCAGAGCGAAUACCCAAGAAAAAGCAGCAUUAUCUGAUGAAAUUGCUUGAGGGGGCCAAGCAGCCGAGAAAAUCGCUGCGGUACGCUCUUUCAAUCACGGUCAUGAUGCAAGACACCGUCGCAUACCUCAGCGGUGUUCUUGAAAAUUGCAAAGGAGUUGAUGGCAUCAAAAGGCCUUCUUCUCAAGAAGUGCUGGCAAUGGAUCAAAAGUGUCAGGGUUUCAUCAAGACCCUGCCCUCUACAGUCUACGUCAACUCGGAACAUGUGCUCGACGCUUACAACGCAACCCUCAUUGCAAAUACUACUGACCAAGAUACCGUGGCCUCACCCUCAUAUGUCUCCUCCGGCGUGCAGGAAUGGCGCUCUUGGCUCUCCUCCAGGGCAUCAGUAAGUACCAGCACUGAAACCGGCAGCGAAAGCAUCGCCCCCGGCUUCUACGAAGCAGUUGAUACCAUGGACACAUUCCAAUACAAGCAAUUCUGUGUCUCUACCUUUGGCUACUUCUGCCUUGUCCCGGACCUUACCGAAGCGACCGACACCAUUGCUAUCGUCAAGGGGCUGGACAUGCCGAUCGUGCUCCGCCCCAUCAACGACUACUACGUGUACCUGGGACAAUGCUAUAUUCACGGCAUGAUGGAAUUGCAAGCUGGCACGCUCAUUGAGGAGUUUCGCGUCAAAUUCAACGCCAAAGAAGGGAAGGUGGUUGUGGGCAGACCCGAAGGCGAUGUCAGGAAGAACGGCUUGAAAAUGGAUGCGGGCGAAUAUGUGAGAGUAUUGGGGAGUCUGGGGGAGAGGAAGAUCGAGUUGAUAUGA